AUGCUUCCUCAAUCUCUUCUCGCUGUCGUUUUCGCUGCCACGACGGCAGUCGCCUUCCCAGCCCCCGACGGCCAGGAACCCGCACAAGUGGUCCGAUUCAAGCGAGACAGCAUUCUCGAAGCUCGCGACUUUGAGCUUGCCGAGGCCCAUGGAGUCGACUUGAGCAAGAUGUACAAGCACUCGCUUCUCAAGCGUGGCGACGGCGACCACGUCACGGUCUGGGUAGAUCGCCGCUACGUAGAGCACGAGGACCUCCACGAGGCGCGAGACACCGAGGCCGCCCUGGAAGAACGCGAUAUCAACUUGCGCGUCGGCAAAGACGCCGCUUUCUCCGGGUCCAUCAUUUCGGACUACUGCUACGACCACAAGCGGCAGGACCACACGGGACCCAACGGACCGACCACUGGCGGCGUCAAGGCCAUUUACCAGUGGGCCCGCGCGCACGGCGGCGGCAAGUUCAACGUCAAGAGCACCACGAACUGGGAGAACCUGGUCGUGGCCGGCUCCAACGGGGGCACCAAUGCGCUGUACCGGGCUCGGGCGCUCAGCGGAGGCACUGAUAUUGGCACCCAGGACGUGCGCAACGAUGCGGACUGGACUCUGAGCAAGCAGCGCAGCUUCAGUGGCUCGUGGAGGGCGUCGUCCAAGGGAGGGGAGUCGUGCUAUUUGGGCAGGCGCAUCAACUACGAGCUCAUCAGGACACAGUACAAUGUCUAG